AUGCAGACGAACUUUUUAGAAAAGGGUCGAAAACAUUUCACUGGUCCAAAACUAGCUAUUGGUAUAACAAAGGCUACAACUUCGAAUCAUCGCUGUGUGGAUCAAUACAUCAGAUUGAAGAUGAGAAUACAAUCAUCAUUUACAACUGCUCAUCUUCUGAAACCAGAUAGACCACAAGUGGCGGAGAAUAUUCAACCGUUCCUGACUCUGCAACUGAAUAUCGACAAAGUGAAGACGAUCAAAGAGGCUCUGGAGACUCUUGUGAAUAAGGAGCAGCUGGAAGGAUUGUUCUCCUAA